GAUCACAGACGGGUUGGUAUGGAUGGAAAAAUAGCCUGAAGUUUAAGAUGGGUAACUUUCGUGCUAAGUUGAGUCGGGCUGGUUUUCAAGAGAUAGCUGUGAAUUCAGGAAAGAGAAGUAGAAAUGACCCAGACAAACAGUCACCACACACUAACAUAAAAAGACCUAAAAGGGCAGAAGUUAAUUUUCUGCCAAAUUUCCCAAGGGGUGAAGAUGCUGUUAGCCUUGACCAGCUAAGACUACAGAUGGUGGAUGAAGUCAAGAAAAGUGAAAAGAAUCACAGCCUGCUGACAAAGCUAAUGCACACCACCUUUGCCCUGCGACGCAAAGAGAUAAUCAGUGAUGAAAUACCAGUAGCAGAGAUCCUGAUCUGUGCAGAGUUCCACAGGAUUACAAACCUCAACCUGAAGAACCACUUCUAUGCUGUGUUGGACCAACAUAUCCCCCGCCUCCAGAGCUUAUUCAGAAAGAAAGCUGCUCGCACAGGGAAAGUGUCUGAUGUUCUGUCUCAGCUCUUCAGAACCUAUGAUCUCCAGAUGACGCACUCCGACGAAGCAGAUAUUAGGGAAGUGCCACUUGGACUCCUCUUAAUCAGAGCCAAUUCCAUUGAUGCAACAUUCUUCUCCCCCGAGAAGAUCGCAGUUUUGAUUGAGGGUAACAUAAUCAUUGAUUUCCCCACCCUGGCUGAUGCAUUUGUAGUAUUAUUUGCACUAACAUACGCCCUGCAUCUAAACUACCCAAAAUGUUUGGCCAACACCUUUGACUUUAUUCAGAAAGUCUUGAUGGGUCUGGAGGAUGGGAAGUUGAAGCCCAAAGUGCUAAGUCUAAAAAAUGACCUGUUGGCAGCAGAAUAA